AUGCUUCCUAUAGCUGCCAGAUCUUUUUCAAAAACGACUAAAAUAUGCGAUUUAAGCUGGCUUUUUAAGGCGGAUAAGCUAAGCCCAUCAUUUAUUAAAGCUGUAGAUUCAAUGCCAGAAUAUAAAUUAGAGCUUGAAAAUUUUUCGAGGGGUUUUGUAUGGAAAAGAGGAGAUAUUGAGUUUCAGAUUUUUGAUAAAAAUCAGCUUCAAGGGUAUAGGGAAAUCAUUGCACAAUGCUUUGCGUAUCAUUCUGCUUUUAAAAAGUAUGUGGAUUUUUCAUAUGAGGAAUGAAGGGAUUAUGUAUUGCCAGAACUUGCAGAGCAAACUGAUUUUUUGAAAUUCAGUGUAGCUGCAAGAGUAAAGGGAGAACUAGCUGGAGUGCUAUAUUCUAUGUCGUGGGCAUCAAGACCUCAAUUUCCUGUUUAUUUAAAGCCAAAUUCAAAAGAGGUUUGAGAAAAGUUAUUCUCGUUUUAAAUAAGAUCUGCAAAUGGGAAUUAUUUAUAAAAAUCAUAGUAAAUUCUAUAUUGAGAAUUAUAAAGAAUUUUGCACAACUUAUUAAUAAAAGCAUUCCAUUUAACUUUGGCGAGCCUGAUAGAAGUGGGAAAUUAUCGCAAGGAACUUUAGACCGCAGUUCAGUUCUUUAUUUGGCAGAUGUUGGGGUAUUGCCUGAAUUCAAUGGAAAAAAUUUAUCUUAUGAUUUAAUGUUUUUAUCAGCUUCACUUGGAUAUCUGUAUGAACUAAGGUAUGCAAUGGCUGUGAGCUUCGACGUAAGGUCAUCUUUUAUUCAAAAAUUAGGUGGAGUCUCAUUUAAGCCAAUUUAUUUUAAAGACUGUGAGGUUGAAGGAAUAAAACAAUACCCUGUUGCAGUUGAAGGAGAAGGAGUAUCAUGCUUAUUUUUGAAUAUGUCAUAA